UUGCACAAGGGGUUAGGUUUCUAAACUAAUCUCCUUGUUAAGUAUGUUCUGAAGCAUGGCUGCUGGCUUUUGCUGGUCCCGAGCAGGAGCUGGUCUCUUAGGACCAACACAUAACCAGGAGGCCAGCUUCAAAACAACCUAACCGGCAUAUAAAUGCCUGCACGUCCGGAGAUGAGCACAGGGUCGAAGAGAGAUUUCAUAUACCAACUUAAAAAAGCACUAGCAAUCUUGGUGGAAACUAACCCACAAUGCAAUGUCUCCAAGAAAUACUGGACGAUUGUCUACCGGUGGUCUAGCAACGACCCAGCCAUCCAGGAAAGCCACCACCUGCGGUUCACAAUCUGUUCAGAAUCUUCUAUUUAUACAGUUUUGUGUCUAAGCUUCAUAUCUGGCCCAAACGCAAAAUAUGUCAUAAAUACUAGAAUCAUUAUGCUUGUAUUGCAAAUUAAUUAAUCUGCGUCUUGAUGAGUGAGUGUUUAGCGUAUGUCUAUGCUUUAUUUAACGUGUCCAAAUGCGCAGGUACGACGGAGUUGCGCGUGAACGCGUCGCUUCUUCUUCUUCUUCUUCUUCUUCUUCUUCUUCUGCAGUCGGUCGGACGCAGGUCUGAUCUGCAGUUCAAACUCACUCACAUUUGGACAUUUAUCGGACAUAAAGAGACGGGAAAAGCAUUAAAACAUGUGGAAAUCUGUGGUGGGACAUGAUGUUAAUGUGAAGGUUGAAUCGGAGGGGGAUGACUGGGAAACGGAUCCGAAUUUUGAGAAUGAUGUAUCAGAGCAGGAACAGAGAUGGGGUUCCAGAACCAUAGAAGGAUCGGGUCGAAAAGAACACAUCAGCAUUGCAGAUCUCAGGCAGAAUGUGUCUCGGGAGCAUGAGGUGGUUAAGAAGAAAGAGCUGGACCAGGGCCCUAAGGCCUCUUACGGCUACGGAGGGAAAUUUGGAGUCGAGAAAGACAGAAUGGACAAGGGUGCUUUAGGGCACGGCUAUGUGGCAGAGGUGGAAAAGCACUCGUCCCAGACAGAUGCGGCGAAGGGCUUCGGGGGGAAAUUCGGUGUGCAGAAGGACCGCGUGGACAAGUCUGCCAUGAACUACGAGUAUAAGGGUGAUGUACAGCAGCAUGCGUCUCAAAAAGAUUACGCUGCAGGUUUUGGUGGGAAGUAUGGCGUGCAGAAGGAGAGGGUCGACAAGGCCGCAGUGGGCUACGAUUACAAAGGAGAGACCGAGAAACACCAGUCACAGAAAGACUACGCAAAAGGCUUCGGGGGGAAGUACGGUGUUGAAAAAGAAAAGGUUGACAAGGCCGCUCUGGGUUACGACUACAAAGGAGAAACAGAGAAACAUCAGUCACAGAAAGACUAUGCAAAAGGCUUCGGGGGAAAGUACGGAGUGGAAAAAGAAAAAGUCGACAAGGCCGCUUUGGGUUAUGACUAUAAAGGAGAAACGGAGAAACAUCAGUCACAGAAAGACUACGCGAAGGGUUUUGGAGGACGUUAUGGAGUCGAAGCAGAUCGCAUGGAUAAGAGUGCAGCUUCUUUCGGUGAUAUGGAGUCACCUUCGUCAUCUUAUGAAAAGCCUCAGGCUUUCGAGGGCUCAAGUGUGGGAGCUGGAAACCUUAAGGCUCGGUUUGAGAACAUGGCGAAGGCCUCAGAUGAGGAGGACAGAAAGAAAGCAGAGGAGGAGAGAGCCAGAAGAGUCGCCCGGGAGAAAAGAGAACGAGAAGAGGCUCAACGCAAACAAGAGAGCAAGUGUGAAGAGGAGGAAGAGAACCAGAGACCACCUCCUCCUGUUCCAGCAUCCCAGAAUCCUCCAGAGACAUUCAGAAAACUACCGGAAAUUCCCAGAGAUGAACCAGAGGAGGUCGCUCAGGUGGAUCCCGACUAUGAGGAGCCACCGUUGCUGCCGCCCCGCUCAGCUGACCUGAUGGAAGAGGAAGAGGAGGAAGAGCAGACUUACUCUGAAUGCGACCCGCCCCCUGUACCUCAGGAAGAAGACUAUGAGGAUAUCGGCUCAUGCACUGCUGCAGCCGUUGAUAACGACUAUGAAGAUCUAAGCGGGGGAGGACAUACAGCCACGGCCGUUUAUGACUACCAAGGAGAGGCCAGUGACGAGAUCUCCUUCAUGCCGGGGGACGUCAUCACUAACAUCGAGAUGAUCGACGAGGGUUGGUGGAAAGGAACGUGUCACGGUCGCACAGGCCUGUUUCCUGCCACUUUCGUGGAGCUCCAGUAGUUGCUUGUUACCACCGAUCAGACUUGUUUUGUUAGCCAUUUGCAGACAAUUGUUUUUAUUGCAUUUUUAGGAAAUACGAGUGCAAUAUACUAAUAUGUACAGAAUGAAAAAUGAGCUUGCGUCUAUUAGCUGAGCAGAACCGUCCGUUCGGAGCACACGAUUAUUAACCGGAUGGAUUCGCAUUUUUUCCAUAAAGAUUUGAGAUGUAUAUGAAUAUAUACACUGCUGUUCACAGGUUCGGGGUCUUGUAGGGUUUUUGAAAGGCUGUUAUGCUCACCAAGGCUGCAUUCAUUUGAUCAGAAAUACGUUAAUAUAGCUGAAACAUUACCAAUUAAUUUUGUUUCAUUGUAUUUGAAAUGUAAGUUAUUUCUAUGAUUACAUCAGUCUUCAUUGUCAUGUGAUCCUUCUGAAAUCCUACUAAUAUGCUGACUAACAGUUGCAAUUGAUAUUUGUGUGAAAUAUUUUCAGGACUCUUGGGUGAGUAGUAUGUUCAUAAAUUGAAAUAGAAAUCUUGUGCAUGUAUUUACUAUUACUUCUGAUCAACUGAAUGCAUUGUUUUUGUAUUACAGUAUUAAUAUUGCCCCAGAUCUUUGAAUGAUAGUGUAUAAAAGAACGUCAAAUAAGUGUUUAAGUACAGUAUUCAGUAACUUUUUUUUAGCCAACUUAAGUCUUACAAUAUGAAAAAUACUAAUACUAUUUUUUUUUCCUCCUGAUCAAUUUCUUAAUGCAGUUUUUGUAUUACUGUAUUAAUAUAAAAUAUUAUAUCCCCAGAUUUUUGAACAAUAGCGUAUAAAAAAAAAUAGUCAGUGUUCAACUCUCAGUUCUACAAUAUGAAAAAUAUUGUGCAAAUAUGGAAUGUUAAAUAUUAGUUGAAAAGCUGUUAAUGGUUUUAAGUGGGGAAUGUCAUCAGUUACCAGUUUUCUAAACAUUUUUGCAUCGAAUUAGAUUUACUCGUGCGCUAAUAUAUUGUCUGGAGAACCUUAAUUUGCUAUUAUAAAAGACUUGUUAAAGACUUGAAAUGUUAAGAAUAUACCAUGCUGCCUUGCAGAGAGAUACACAAGCCACUGCUCUUUAUUGACUCGAUGUUGUGCAUUUUUAUUGAUCACAAAAUAAAACUAAAUCCUCCAUAAGGA